AUGAGCCGUCCGCUCCUGUGCCUGUGUCUGACCGCACCCACGUUGGCCGAGAACCUGGCACAGGUGCGGCGCUGCCACAAUCUGGUGGAUAUGGUCGAGUUGCGCGUGGAUCUGCUGCACCCGUCGCAGUGGCCGGGCAUCGCGCGCUUUCCAUUGGAGUGUCCGCUGCCGGCACUGUGUACCGUCCGCCGGCGCCCCGACGGCGGGAGUUGGCGGGCACCUGAAACGACGCGCCGGCGGCUGCUGCAGGAGGCCGCCGGCGCCGGUUACCGUUACCUGGACCUGGAGGCGGAUCUCCCCACCGGCGCGGUGGCGCUGCCGCGGCGCGGCCCGCGGGUAAUCCGCUCGCUGCACGAUUUGAACGGAACGCCGGCCAAUCUGGAAACGCUGUUGCGCGGGUUGGCGCGCAGUGCGCGGGAGAUCCCCAAGCUGGCCGUCACGCCGCACGGUGUCGGCGACCUGGCGCGCAUCGUAACCGCCGCCCGUGCCGUGCCGGCGCCCCGCAUCGUCCUCGGCAUGGGAGACUACGGCCUGCCGAGCCGGCUGUUGGCGGCGCGUGUUGGAUCCUGGCUGACCUUUACCUCGGCUACUUCGGGGGGGCUGCGCAUAGCGCGGCGCCGGGACAGCUCGAUCCAUUGA